AUGGCUUCUAGGCGCAAUGCACAGUCGACUCCGGCUGAGAUCUCGCUCGCUCAUCUCAAGAACUGCCUUGUCAACCUCCCCGCAUCCUUGGUCUCACUACUCGUCAACGUCAAUACUCCAGCGCAAAAUGUUGUCGUCGAACUCAGCUACCGCCCUUCCUCGAGCGCCUCCGGAUCCGGCGCAUCCCAACAACGGUCCAUAUUCGUCGGGUGGACAGGCAUGCCAAGCAAGCGCAAAGUUGCCUCCAUAGUUGGACGCGAAGGCAUCAAUGGCGGGAGGGGAGGCACUUCUUCACGCGAUCAAGAAGUCGCACAAGUCGAGAUUGACGCAACCCUGGCCAACACAUUGGGCCUUACGGACGGACAGAAGGUUACGGCCUCAAUACACGUUGACCCGCCUGUCGCACAUACGAUCAACAUUGAACCGCUUACCCCGGAAGACUGGGAGAUGAUCGAACUGCAUGCAACCUUCCUUGAGCUCAAUCUCUUGUCUCAAGUACGAGCAUUGCCGAAUCCCGCUUUCACCUCGAGCUCGGGAUCGCUGGUUGCCCCUCACGCCUUGACAUUGCACCUUUCGCCGACAUCGACAGCAAACGUUAAGGUCAUCUCCCUCGACCCUGCACCGGCCGCUGAUGUUCCCUUCGUCAAGAUCUCCCCCGACGCCGAGGUCAUUGUUGCGCCCAAGGUCCGGGCUAAGACGUCGCAUUCCUUGGGGGAGAACCGUAGUGUGGCAAGCACUUCCAAGUCCAAACGCAGCGGCGCUAGUACGGUCCGUCGGCGAAGCGCGCGGGAAGAGCGCAAACCUGCUCUGUGUCUGCGUGGAGUCGCCCACUCGGCUUGCAGAGAGUGGUUCGACGAGGACCUGACUACUCAUGAUUUUAGCGUCUGGGUAGACCGCGAUAUCCUGUACACUAAGGACUUCAGGGGUGUCAACUACGUAUCGGUGAAUAUCUUGCGGCCUACACAACCAUCAAGCUCCACGCAGAAGCCCCAGCAAGAUGCCGAACAAUCAGCGAGCACGUCCAAGGUAGCUACAAAGGUCGUCGCUCACUUACGGGCUUGGGACGACCCUCCUGAUAGCAAGACGAUCGCACUCUCGCCAGCACUGUGUUCAACACUUGGCUUCACGGCAUCUGUUGGUGGGAUCGUAAAAAUUGAGCCAGCGCCGCAGCAAUGGCCGUUAGAUGCGGUGCAAAGGUUGAUCAUUCAGCCGUUUGCCAUCUCGAAAAAGUCGUCAGAGGGUUUGAAGUUUGGCGGUGAAUCCAAGGCUGGGAAGGAGGAGGCGUCUAAGCAAUUCAAACACCUAUAUGGCACUCGCAAAGACUCUUCCUCUAUUCUCAGUGGACCCCUAACAGAUGGCUCGGUAAUUGGGCUCUUUGAAGGGUUGGAGGCUCCUCAGGGUUGGGAGGGAGGUGUCAUCAAAUUCGACCCGCCAGCCAUCAACAGCGACCCCCUGAGGUCGUCGACCAGAUGGGUAUUGGGACUGAGCGAAAAGAUACCCAUCGAUGUCCGAGAUCCGGUUCCACGGCCAUCAUGGAUGAAUGACGACAGCAUCGCUGAGCUUCAACCUUCCUACGAGGGUCAACUUGUUGGCAUCGACAAGUUAUUGCAAGACCUGCGAAGCCAUCUUUCGCACCUUUCCUCCACUCUCCUCACUGGCGCGCUCGGGUCCGGCAAGACUGCUGUUGCGCGAUCUUUAGCUCAUGAGCUAGGGAAGGACCUCCUCUUUCACACUACUUAUUUCCCAUGCCGAAAAUUCGUAAACGACGAGACCAGAAUUGCAACUAUAAAGGAUACCCUGAAUCAAGUAUUUAUGUCAGCAAGUUGGGGCGCCAGAUUGGGGGGCAAGGCGCUUGUAGUUUUGGACGAUCUUGAUAAAUUGUGUCCUGUGGAAACGGAAUUGCAAGUUGGCAAUGACAACGGAAGAAGUCGCCAAAUCAGUGAAAUCAUCGGCUCUAUCGUCCGCCAGUACUGCAAUGUAGAGACAGGUGUUGUUUUGCUGGCGACCGCAGAAGGCAAAGAUUCUCUGAAUAAUGUCAUUAUUGGAGGUCAUGUAGUCCGCGAGAUCGUGGAUUUGAAGGCACCAAACAAGGAGGCAAGACGCAAGGUUAUGGAGAGCAUUGUCAGACAAGAUGCUGUUGCUCCUGAAGACUUGCCCCGCGCAACUCAGAGUGGCAGUCGUCCUACAACAGCCGACGGAAGCGCUACAGGAGAGGACAGCGCAUGGAUGGACGCCGGCAGUCAAGGCAGCCGAGAGAACCGGAAUUCUACCACCGGCGGAUUUAUCCUCGACCCAGACUUGGAUUUUCUCGACAUUGCUGGUCUUACGGAUGGCUACAUGCCGGGCGACAUCAGCCUCUUGGUGGCGAGGGCGCGCAAUGAAGCUAUCAUCAGGUCGGUGAAUGAUCCUUCCGCCGAAAGUGAAGGAGGCGCGGUGCACUUUAGUCGCGUAGACUUCGACAACGCCCUCAAGGGCUUCACCCCCGCAUCACUUAGGAACGUUUCCCUACAACACUCGACCACCACGUUUAGCUCUAUCGGCGGCCUACAAGAAACUCGCAAAGUACUGUUGGAGACUCUGCAGUACCCAACUAAGUACGCACCCAUCUUCGAGCAAUGUCCGCUCCGACUACGUUCUGGCUUGUUGCUGUACGGCUAUCCCGGUUGUGGCAAAACGUUGCUGGCAAGUGCAGUUGCUGGAGAAUGCGGCCUCAACUUCAUCAGUGUCAAGGGACCUGAGAUUCUCAACAAGUACAUUGGUGCUUCGGAAAAGAGUGUUCGCGAUCUGUUCGAACGUGCCUCGGCUGCGAAACCUUGCGUUCUGUUCUUCGACGAGUUUGACUCUAUCGCUCCCAAGCGUGGACAUGACUCUACGGGUGUCACGGACAGAGUCGUGAACCAGCUGCUCACGCAGAUGGACGGUGCGGAAGGCCUUUCGGGAGUUUACGUGCUCGCGGCGACGUCUCGCCCAGACUUGAUCGACCCUGCUUUGCUUCGUCCUGGACGUUUGGACAAGUCUCUCCUUUGCGACAUGCCCAUGCUGGAAGAUCGUGUCGACAUUCUAAAGUCGCUCUCCAGCAAGGUCAAGCUCGGCGAGGAGCUGACUGAGUCUGACGACGCUUGGACUGACAUUGCUCAGAAGACAGAGGGGUUUUCUGGCGCGGACCUCCAAGCCCUCGUGUCCAAUUCGCAACUGGAGGCAAUCCAUGAUGUCUUGGGCGAUGCUAACCAUCUCCCCACGACAAACGGCAAAGUCAACGGAAAAGCUUCUCCAUCUCAAGGCUCCGUUCCCAGUUUUGUGCAGUUCCGGUACGGCCAAGACGCUGCGCCUGCCAGCAAGCCCAUCAGCCGACAGGCGGAGCUGGUUGAGAAUGCAGCAAUCCUCGCCAAAUUAGAGAACAUUAGGCUUGCUCGAAAGAGGGUGAAGCAUUCCCAGCGGCCCGACGGAGAGGCUAAGCUGGACAACGAUAAAGAAGUGGUGGUGAAGCUAGAGCAUUUGAUGAAGGCUCUCGAAAACACGAGGUCUAGUAUUAGCACGCAGGAGCGGGCGAGACUGCAGCGAAUCUACCGUGAGUUUGUUGUAGGUCGAAGUGGUGAGAUGAAGGAUGGCCAAGGAAGCAUGGAGAUUGGGGGGCGAAGCAGCCUCAUGUGA